UUAGGGGAAAAUGUACCAGAACCAUGUCCUAUGGCUAUGUGUAUUGAUGUUUAUGAUCCUGUAUGUUGCACACUCGCUGAUGGAUUAGAAAGAACCUUUGGAAAUGACUGCGAAGCAAAUAAUUAUGAAUGCAGCACCAAACAAAAAUGUAUUGAAAGGACCAAAGGAGAAUGCGAAUGUCCCGAAGUUUGCCCACUGUACUACCUUCCAAUCUGUUGCACCUAUGCCAAUGGGAAUAAGAAAACAUAUGGAAAUACUUGUGAAGUAAAUACUGAAAAUUGCAAAUUAAAGCUUUAUUGCACUGAUCUAACUCCUGGUCAAUGUGAAUGUAUUAAAUUCUGUCCUGAUCUUUAUGAUCCUGUUUGCUGCACUUAUGCUGAUGGAAGUUGCCAGACGUACCCUAAUGCAUGUGAAGCUUCAGUUAAUAACUGCAGGGAAAAUAAAGGUUCGUAA